UCCACAGUGUCGGAAAAGUUGUUGUUCAGUUAAGGACUCGGAAAGUCAGCGGCCACACAGGCAAGAUACAUCUGCUUUACUCAUUUCCAUCCGGUCAUUCUUCGACUAUGAGGACAGACGGAGUCCUCACGCGCGGUGCCUUUGGAUUGACCACUCAAGAAGGAAACUUCACCUCCCUUUGCCCCAACGGGUCCAAAUGGGUCUGGGAAGGGUUUGGGGAAUGUGCCCAGGAUGCGAGGGACAUGGCCAGCGUUUACCUGGGCCUCCUGUCCAUCCUCUGCUUCAUGGUGUCUUCACUUCCACAGUACUACAGCUCGUGUAAAACGGGGAACAUGGACAGUGCCCUCUCUAUUUGGUUCCUGCUGCUGUGGUUGGGAGGUGACACCUGUAACCUGGUGGGCUCCUUCUUGGCGGACCAGCUUCCGCUUCAGACGUAUACAGCCGUUUACUAUGUUAUUGCUGACAUGGUGAUGCUGGGCAUGUACUUGUACUACAAGAUAUGGAACAAGAUGUUAGACAGCAGGAGGGUUUUGCACGUGGUGGGUGUAGCCUGUGUCCUGGGCUUCACCACAGGCCUCGCCCCCCUCCCUGGAUUAGGUGUCCAACAUGAAGUUGUUCCUUCUGGGUUCAGAGGUCGCGCCUUGCUCUCAACCUCCGAUGUUAGUCACAUCAAGACUUUUACCACUAAAGAAAUUAUUGGAUUCUCCAUCGGCUCAGUGUCGUCAGUCCUCUACCUCUUUUCCAGACUUCCCCAGAUGUACACUAAUUUCAAGAGGAAGUCGACAGAGGGGGUGUCUUUCUUCCUGUUCGCGCUGGUCAUCCUGGGAAACUCUACAUACGGCCUGAGUGUCCUGCUGAAGAACCCUGAUGAGGGCCAGGGCGAAAAAAGCUACAUGAUCCAUCACUUGCCCUGGCUCAUCGGAAGCCUCGGCACCCUCUCCUUAGACCUCAUUAUCUGCAUCCAGUUCUUAAUUUACCGCAAAGCUAAGUUGGAGGUGGACGGCGGCCGCGGUGAGACGACGCCUCUUAUUGGGAGCUAAGCCGAGAGUGUACUGGUGGAACACGAACGUACACUCGCUUCCAGUGAAUCCUCAAAAUCAUCACUUCCAACAGGAUCGGGAUGAAAGAACAUUUUAGUGAGAUUUGAUUGUGUAAUUUAUUAUGCUCUUUUCAUGUUUACACUUUGUUUUUAUCUGCAAAAGUACUGUGGCAGAUGAAGUCCUUCCCCUGGAGUUCAGCUGCAGUGAUGUGAUUUACGAUUCUCUUAAUGUUCGAGUUUUUAAAGGGACGAUUGAAGGUUUUCAGGUGUCGCACAUGGAUUAGAAACUCCUCCUGUCAACCCGAAAUCCUCCUGAUUUUAGGUUACAACCUCAAUUUGAUUUCAGACCUAAUCUAGAUGUCAGAAUUCUGCUGGCCGGGGGUGACCAGACCACACCGGGGUUUGUCUCAGAGUAUUCUGGUGUUUUUAAGUUGCCAAACACUUUGACGGCGUUGACACUUAACCGCUGCAUGAAGCCCAGUUUCAUCCUGUUGCAGUGACGUGUCUGACCGCAAAAGAAGAAAUGUUUUGCAAAACAUUUCCAAAUGUAAAUUCUAUUUAGUCAAUUUUUAAUUGAUGUUUACACCAAGUGCUUUAAUCACAGUUUUGAGAAUUGUUUUUUUGUUCAUUUUAGAUAUAUUUUUUAUUUGUAGUGAUAUGAUUUUUAUUUUAUUAGCUAUUUAAAAAUGCAGACACUUUUGUUUGCACUGGUGAUAAAAGUAACAACACACUACUGUGUUUAAUUUACACAUGUUCGUUGCUUCAUUCUCACUGUUUUGCACAACAAAAGUUAGUUUUGUACUUAGAGAAAUAUUGAAUAUGUUCAGUAGGUCAGUGUACUGUAAAGAUUAAACAAUAAAUAAGUAAUUUUCUUUG